UGUUACACAUCUCUAUAUUUCGGUGGUUGAAUUAUUUGCAAUUUUCAUUCAACCGCGCCAAACGCUGCGCAUUCCGCCACUUUCUGGGAAUUGACACGAAGCCAAGCUACAUUUUUGUUGUUACGCUAUUGAAAUGAGCGACUUGAGUGCCACAGCUGGUGUCCCCGAUGGCGAGGAGGCCAAUCCGCUGGAGCAGUCGACCAUAACGAUGCUGGAUGUCCUUGAGCAGGAGAAGGAAUUGGAGGAUGAAUAUGCCGCCGUGCUGGGCGCCUCCGACGAGAAGUCUUGCACGUAUGCCAAGGGCGCCAUUGGACGCCAGGCCCUGUACUCCUGCCUCACCUGUUGCCCCGAGGCUCGCGAGGAUCUGGCCAAGGCCGCUGGGAUCUGUUUGGCCUGCUCCUAUCGCUGCCACGAGCACCACGAACUGGUCGAGCUCUAUACCAAGCGGAACUUCCGUUGCGAUUGCCCCACCCAGCGGUUGGGCAAAUGCUCUCUGAAUCCACAAGUCGAGGGAGUUCAGCCACGCAACGAGGGCAAUCUGUAUAACCAAAACUUCCAGGGGCUGUACUGCAAGUGCAAGCGUCCCUAUCCCGAUCCCGAUCGCACUGUCGAGGAGGUAAUGCUGCAGUGUGCCAUCUGCGAGGAUUGGUACCACUUGCCGCACAUGAAGGCACCCGGUUCCAGCGAGAAGUGGCUAGAUGUCUGUAGCGAAAUGAUCUGCGAUGGCUGCAUGGACGCCAAACCCUUCCUAAAGGACUACACUGGACUAGCUCUCCAGCCUGUGGUGGAGGACAAGCCAGAGGUCGAGGAUAGCCAGCUGAAGAACGAGUUGGACCGCAGCAUCUGCGACAUCAUUAAGGUUCCUGAAAACGAAUCUCAAGCUGAAGAGGACGAGCCCAGCCAGAAGCGCCCCAAAUUAGAGGAGUGUCGUCGUCCAAAUCUUACCAAGGAACACCAGGGAGCCGCUUUCUGGACUAAUGACUGGCGCAAAUCGCUUUGCCAGUGCUCCGAAUGCCUGCCGCUGUACAAGGAACUAGGCGUGGAGUUUCUGCUGGACGCGGAGGACUCGGCUAAGACGUACGAGGAGCGCGGCAUGAAGCGAGCGGAGGAGAAUUCCAGCUAUGAGCAAGGCAUUCGGGCACUGGCCUCAAUUGACCGCACACAGCAAAUCGAUGCGAUUACCGAGUACAAUCGCAUGAAGGACAAGCUGAAGGAAUACCUGCAGGCAUUCGCCGCCAGCAAGAAGGUGGUCACCGAGGAGGACAUUAAUCGGUUCUUCGCCGGCAUGCGCAAUGAGAAUAAUGCCAACCUGGGUCAGCCCUACUUUUGUCGCUAAAAAGUUAGCUCUCUGAAUUAUUAUACUACAGGUCCUAAAUCAUUAUAGUAUUACCCACAUUCCCCCCAUUGAAAACGCGUACAUACUUCAUGUAAAUUCUUAAGUUAUAUUUCAUUAUAAACAAUUAUCAUUUUAAAAA